AGUACAAAAUUUUUAGUACUGUUGCUGCGUUCGUCCUUAGAACAGUCGUGCGUUUUUCUUUCUGCAAAAUCCAGGAAUAUCAGAAUAAUUACUUCAAUUGAUUAACUAAUCUUUGUCCAAAGACAUCGUAGAGGAUACGAGAUAAAAAGGUCAAUAGAAAGGUGAAGUGUGAAAAGGCAUAAAAUGAGUGAAGAAUUAUCAAAGGGAGAGGAAGCUGCUGUGGAGUACAAUCUAUCGCAAUUUCAGCUAGAAAAAGUACUCAAUAGCAAUUCCGGAAGUAAAACAAUGUCAUUGCUGGGGCACUUUGCUGAUCUCUCAGCUGAGAAGCGGGCAGUUGUGAUUCUGGAGAAGAAAGCAUUCACUGAAGCUGACCUAACCUCAAAGUCUGGUUUCUUCAGUGACUCAACAAGUCUCCGGACAGAAUUUGUCAAUGAUAUUUAUGGCAAUUUUGAGUGUUUCCCCCGCCCAGAGAUCAACAGUAUCAAGACAACGGUUAUUUAUCCGGCAACAGAGAGACACAUUGAAAAGUACUCAAAGCAAGAGAUUCACAUUGUUCAGGAGACACCAGAAUUAUACAGGGAACUCACACUGAAGCACAUUGAGAAGGAGCAAUUCUCUCUAGAGUGGCUGUAUAAUAUUUUGGAGCACAAAAAAGAAAGUGAGAGAAUAAUCUUUGAGGAUCCAUGCGAGGAAACGGGCUUCAUACUUCUGCCCGAUCUCAAGUGGGAUAGCAAAACCACUGAGACAUUGUACUGUUUAGCUCUGGUGAGGAAGCACGGUCUAAAGUCCCUGAGAGACCUCAAUGCGGGACAUUUGCCACUUUUGCGGAAUAUCCUGACAAAGGGUGUGGCUGCAAUUGAGAAGAAAUAUGCCGUUGCACGAUCACAGCUCAGGAUUUAUCUGCAUUAUCAACCCAGCUUUUACCAUCUUCACGUUCACUUCACCUACCUGAAGCACGAUGCUCCGGGAAUUUUCUGCGAGAAGAGUCACCUUCUAGACACGGUGAUCAGCAAUAUUGAAUUAAUGUCAGAUUACUAUCAGAAAGCCACACUGUCCUUUGUCCUACGCGAGAACGACAGCCUCUGGGAUGAGUACAGGCGAGAGGGAUCUUCCCGGAAACUCCUCAAAGGAGAAUAAGGUUGAGGGAGUAAGGGAAUUCCUCGUAGAACACCGUCCGAGACUUCAAUCAGCCAGUGUCUUCAUCCAUCUCGGGGAAAAUGUCAAAGAAUCUGUCAAGGUUAGUGUCAAGCCUACUGAGAUCCUCUUGAAAUUCCCCAAUAAAACACUCAAGGUCCUCCUUGAACAAUUCACGUUAAACACUCGCUCUCUCACUUCAAUGGUGGCUUCUGGACGGCAUAUCAGCUUCCGGAUAAAUACAAACCACGGACAAUUUGACGAAGAAGUAAUUUCCGAAAGCACUCCCUCUGGCUUUCCUCAAAAUCUAAUCAUUCCGAUUAAUUUAAAAGCCAAUCAAACUUUUAGAAUUAUCUGCAGCAAUUGCAGGGCUCCCUUAGUGCCCCGAGGAAGUAUCUUUCUGAGGCGAAUCCUCGAAUUGCCUUCAGAGAGUGCAGAUGCAUCUGAUUGGUUUUGCCAUAAGCACACAGCAGGCACGGGAAUUCUUACGCCAAAACUCGAUGAAAUCCUCUAUGGACACUUUUUCUUUACCAUGAAUCGUCGAUCCGUGGUUAAUAUCCGAGAGAAAAACCGUCUUAUCUACUGCCAGAGAUGCCUUCAGAUGCUAGGCAAGAGCUUAGAAGGAGACAGGAUGAAGCUCUGGAAUGAAAAUGUCAUUUUCUUCACAGAGAAACACGAAGAGCUUCAUUUGAUGCCAAAUAUCAAUCAAAUGGCAAAUUUUUGUACAAUUGUCCGAAAGAUUCUUUUGGAUUUUACAAUGGCAGGACAAUGUGGUCUAGUUCAUUUUCAGAAGAUUGCUUUCAAUUGUCACCUGCCAGAUGGAAAAGUCCUUUAUCUGCUGUUGCAAAUUGUGGAUAAAAAUCUCGAGGUCUAUCGAGGUCAGGAGGACUCUGAGGAAGACUGCGUUCAUCUGAUCCAUGGUUCAGCGAUGAAAGUAAUGUACCAAAGUGGCCAGGAGGCUGAAAUUCCACAAAUUAAAGAGUGGCUGGAAGAUUCCAAUGUUACUCAUGUGGAGAUAUCCUUCCAAAUGCUGAAAAAUGCACUCGAUACCUUCGCGGAAAACUCCCAAAUACUCCCUCAAGUGUACAGGAGUAGCUGUGGCUUCCACCUCAGUUACUUGUUUAGCAAUUAAGAAAAAAAGGAUUUAAAUAAAUAUAUAAGCGAUGUUGUUAUCGCUCUUCCAUUAAAAGAAA